AUGUGCACGUUGGCUCCGCGCCCGUCGAUGGUCUUGUGGCUGUUCACGAGCAGCUCCUCGUUCAGUCUGAUGAUCAUGUCGCCGGCGAAGACGAUCCACAGCGGCUCCUCCUGCACCGCCGCGUGA